AUGCCACCUCACGAAGAACUCGUACACCCCAAGGAGUACGACAUCAAAGACAGCAACGUGGAGCUAAUCGGCUCCGACCUCGACCACCGCGUCAAAUACAACUCCGCCGUUACCGAGCCCGCCUGGAACAACGGCAAGAUCGGCCAGGAAGCCGGUCUCUUCAUUUGGCGCAUUGAGAACUUCCAAGUCAUUCCCUGGCCGAAGGAGAAAUACGGCCAAUUCUAUGACGGGGACAGCUUCAUCGUCCUGCACUCAUACAAGCUGGGCGACAAGCUCGGCCAUGACAUCUUCUUCUGGCUGGGCAGCAAAACGACUCAGGAUGAAGCCGGGACAGCUGCCUACAAGACCGUCGAGCUAGAUGAGUUCCUGCACGGUGCUGCAACACAGCACCGCGAGGUCCAGGCGCAGCCCUCUGAUGAGUUCCUCGCUCUGUUCCGUCACUACGCCAUCAGAUCUGGCGGUGUGAGGUCUGGAUUCACGCAUGUUGAGCCUGAGGAGCGGGAGGAGAUUCUCACUCUUUUGCGGAUCUUCAAACACCCUGGAAUUGCUCGGAUUGAUUCUCUUAUUGUUCAUGAGGUGGAGCCUACAUGGAAGAGUCUUGAUGAGAAUGAUGUCUUUGUCUUGGACAAGGGUGAUAAGAUCUGGGUAUGGCAGGGCAAGAAGUGCAGCCCGAUGGAGAAGGCCAAGGCUGCCCAGGUGGUGAAUGAUAUGACUCUUGCCAAGCAUGUCGAUGUCGAGGUGCUGUCACAACUCGAAUCACGAUCCAGAAUCAUCGUUGAUCUGUUGGGCGGGAAAGAGGAGGCUGGGCCAACAUUGGAGGCGGCUCGACCUGGCCGGUUUGCUAAGAGGGGUGAUGAACAGCCUACCCGCCCACGCAAGUUGUUCCGACUCAGCGAUGCCUCUGGAAACCUGUCCUUCGAUCUUGUGAAGGAUGGACAACGUGUCAGCCGGUCUGACUUCAAUGGCAACGAUGUGUUCUUGUAUGAUGUCGGUAACAGACUUUGGGUUUGGCAGGGAUCCGAGGCAAGCGCCAGCGAGAAGGCGAUGUGGCUCAGAGUUGCCCAAUUCUAUGUUCGGAAGAUUCAAGAGAGCGAGCAGUCUUCCGACGCCCAUCUUACGCCGAUCUCGAAGGUUGUCCAGGGCUAUGAGAGCCCUUCAUUCCUCAAGGCAGUUGAAGCCUGA